GCAGUCUCAUCUGUGAUGCUGGGGAUACCCUAUAACCACACAGUGGAAACUCCUGCCACCUUCUUCCUUGUGGGUAUCCCAGGUUUGCCAUCUUCCCAUCUUUGGCUGGCUAUUUCACUGGGUGCCAUGUAUACCAUAUCCCUGUUAGGAAACACCCUCAUCAUGACCGUAAUCUGGAUGGAUUUCACUCUACGAGAGCCCAUGUAUUGCUUCCUGUAUGUACUGGCUGCUGUGGAUAUUGUUAUGGCCUCCUCUGUGGUACCAAAGAUGGUGAGCAUCUUCUCUUCAGGAGAUGGCUCCAUCAGCUUUAAUGCGUGUUUCACUCAAAUGUAUUUUGUCCAUGUAGCCACAUCUGUGGAAACAGGGCUAUUGCUGGCCAUGGCUUUUGACCGCUAUAUAGCCAUCUGUAAGCCCCUGCACUACAAGAGGAUUCUCACACCUCAACUGAUGCUGGUAAUGAGUGUGGCCAUCACCAUCAGGGCUGUCAUAUUCAUGACUCCACUGAGUUGGAUGGUAAGUCAUCUGCCUUUCUGUGGCUCCAAUGUGGUUCUCCAUUCCUACUGUGAGCACAUAGCCGUGGCCAAGUUGGUUGCUGACCCCAUGCCCAGUAGUCUCUACAGUGUGAUUGGCUCCUCCAUUAUUGUGGGCUCUGAUGUGGCCUUCAUUUCUGCCUCCUAUAACCUGAUUCUCCAGGCAGUAUGUGGUCUGUCUUCAAAGAAUGCUCAAUUGAAAGCAUUAAGCACAUGUGGCUCCCACAUGGGGGUUAUGGCUCUGUACUACCUACCUGGGAUGGCAUCCAUCUAUGUGGCCUGGCUAGGGAAGGAUACAGUGCCUCUGUAUACCCAAGUACUGUUAGCUGAUUUAUAUUUGAUCAUCCCACCUACCUUUAACCCCAUCAUUUAUGGCCUGAGGACCAAACAAAUGCGGAAGCGAAUAUGGAGCUUGCUGACACACUGCCUCUUUGACCUCUCCAAACUGGGUUCAUAA